AUGGCAAUUGCACCUAUCACUGGAAUGCUCCGCCGGGGCCUCAUUCUAGACCUAAGUAUUGCGUUUGGUGUUGGAACAUCAGUCGGAUACCUUUUUUGGUACGGUUUUCACAUUCCAAACGUUCGCAAACGAGAUCUUUAUUACACCAAAUUGGAGGAGCAGAGGGCAGCAAACGCAUCUGGGUAG